AACCUCCAUAUACACCUGUACUGCAACACCGGACUCGAGAAGUAUCAUAAGCAACACAGCAAGACCGACAAUUUUAAUGCGAUUAUUUUGUUUGGCUCAGCAACAUGCAUUUCGUUGUGUCGGACAAACGUGAGUUGCGGUGCGGUGAACGCCUGCUUCCAGAGGCUGAUGUCGACACACGUCAGGGGGCGUGUUGGUGGGUUGUCCAGGCUGGCUUGAGCUGAACCCUGGCUCAUCAGAAGGGCUGAAAAGUUCUCGGAUUAGUAGAGAAUUAACACAAAGCAAGACGCCACUUCAUUUGCAACGGGAGAAAAAGACAGAAACGGAGUGAGCUGAAAAAGUGAGAGGGACACAAGUAGCUACAGCACGACUCCACAGAAACGACACAAAAAACAGCACUGUGGAGGUAAAGACUGCUCGGAAGGCCCUGACUUCAGAAGCUGGCUAUGGAAGACAAGCGAUAUCUGGCCGUGCAGAACGGAGCUGUUCCAGGAGAGGCUGUAAAAAAGGACGAGAACACAAGACGUGGAAACUGGGGCAACCAGAUUGAGUUCGUGCUGACCAGCGUGGGUUAUGCUGUAGGACUGGGCAACGUGUGGAGAUUCCCUUAUCUCUGCUACCGAAAUGGAGGAGGUGCCUUCAUGUUUCCCUAUUUCAUCAUGCUGGUGUUCUGUGGGAUCCCCCUCUUCUUCAUGGAGCUGUCUUUCGGCCAAUUUGCCAGCCUGGGCUGCCUGGGGGUGUGGAAGGUCAGCCCAAUGUUUAAAGGAGUGGGCUAUGGCAUGAUGGUGGUUUCCACAUACAUCGGUAUUUACUACAACGUGGUCAUCUGCAUCGCUUUCUACUACUUCUUCAUGUCCAUGACCAGCCUGCUGCCCUGGACAUACUGCAAUAACCAGUGGAACACCAAGGACUGCAGUGGGGUGGUGGGCACCUCCUAUGCCAACGCAACCGCACUGAUGUCCAACUUCACAGAGCUGGCCAACAGGACAGUGAAAAGGACCAGCCCCAGCGAGGAAUACUGGAAGUACUACGUGCUGAACAUUUCAGAUGAUAUUGGAAAUUUUGGAGAAGUGCGACUUCCUAUACUGGGAUGUCUUGCUGUCUCCUGGGUUGUGGUGUUUCUUUGCCUUAUCAGAGGAGUCAAGUCUUCAGGGAAAGUGGUAUAUUUCACAGCCACAUUUCCCUAUGUUGUCCUGACCAUCCUCUUCAUUCGAGGAAUCACCCUGGAUGGUGCCAUUAAUGGAAUCAAGUACUACUUGACACCACAGUGGCAGAAGAUCUUGGAUGCUAAGGUGUGGGGAGAUGCUGCUUCUCAGAUCUUCUACUCCCUCGGAUGUGCCUGGGGGGGGCUCAUCACCAUGGCCUCCUAUAACAAAUUCCACAACAACUGCUUCCGGGACAGCAUUAUCAUCAGUGUGACCAACUGCGCAACCAGCGUCUACGCGGGCUUCGUCAUCUUCUCCAUCCUGGGCUUCAUGGCACACAACCUGGGCGUGAACGUAGCGGAUGUGGCUGACCACGGGCCUGGCCUGGCCUUUGUGGCCUAUCCUGAGGCCCUGACCCUGCUGCCCAUCUCCCCUCUCUGGUCUCUGCUUUUCUUCUUCAUGCUCAUCCUGUUGGGCCUGGGAACUCAGUUCUGCCUGCUGGAAACACUGGUCACAGCUAUUGUGGAUGAGAUCGGAACAGACUGGAUCAUUAGGAACAAGACUUACGUCACCCUUGGGGUGGCCAUCCUGGGCUUCCUCCUUGGAGUGCCGCUGACCACCCAGGCUGGGAUCUACUGGUUGCUGCUGAUGGAUAACUAUGCUGCCAGUUUCUCUCUGGUCGUCAUCUCUUGCAUAAUGUGUGUCUGCAUCAUGUAUGUUUAUGGACAUGUGAACUACUUUAAGGAUGUGGAGAUGAUGUUGGGUUUCCCCCCUCCAGUGUUCUUCAGAAUCUGCUGGAGGUUUAUUUCGCCUGUCAUUAUCACAUUUAUCUUGGUCUUUACGGUCAUCCAGUACAAACCCAUUACCUACAAUAACUACAUCUACCCUGGGUGGUCUUUAGUGAUUGGAUUCCUCAUGGCCCUCUCCUCGGUCAUCUGCAUUCCUAUUUAUGCCAUUUACAAAAUCUCAAAGUCAGAAGGAACAACUUUCUUAGAGCGGCUGAAGAACGCAGUGAAGCCACAUCACACAUGGGGCCCUGCCCUACAGGAGCACCGGAUAGGCAGAUACGCCCCCACCGUUAGCCCCAGCGCGGACAGGGGGGUGGAAGCACCCCUGCAUGAGAAGGAGAAAGAGACGGAAACAGAGAAGAAGCCUGAAGAGAUAAGUCUCACCAUCCAAGGCAGCAACGGCUCCACGCACAACCCGGACACUACCGCAUAAAUCCAGGAAGAGUGUCUCAAGCCUUUUCUACACAGCACAGUGUUUCGAGACACUUCACGGUGAAAACGUGGCUUUUACAUAUUGUAAAAGCUUAUUAUUUCUAAUCUCUAGAGAAUUCGGUUGUCAUUGGAAUAUUUUUUUGUCCGCAUAAUUUAAUAAUGCAUUUUUUAAAAGAACUUUUUUUUUUCUCUUAUGCAUGAAAAUCUUCAAUGUGGUAUACACACUUUGUACAUAGUACAAAUAAUAGUUGAGUGGGCUACAUUUAUUUUCAGAUUUUUAUAAAAUCCAGAUAUGUUAUAGUAGCAGCAGCAAUGGCAACAAAGUAUCUUAACAGUGCUAGCAGUUUAAAAGCUGGAGACCAAAUUUUCUGACAUCAUUUAAAAGCCAAUUUCAGAAACAAUUCGAUAACGCUGAUUAAUUUUACUUUUAAAUAGACAUACCAUACAGUACAUACUGACAGGCAUUAAAAACACAAGAAAUGCCAUUGAUUCUAAAACUCAUUUGUUGCAGUUUUAUUCUCUCCCACAUACAUGCAGAAAAAAACUACAUUUAAUUAGCUUUGGAUAGGGAAAACAGAAAUAUGUCAAAGCUUAUGAUCAUUAUUUAGUUUUAAUUGUAUAUUACGUGAAAGGAGUAUUUGUCUCCAGUUUUCUAAAUGGCUACCCUGGUUGGUAAAGCACUUUCUUCGCCACACCCAUUCUCAGGGUUCAAACAGAAUUGCUUUCUGAAACUUUAAAGAUCAGUGGAUAAGGGAGACGAUCUCAAUGCGAGAAUUGAACUUUAAGAUGAAAUAAAGUAAAAGGUGAAAACGUUUGCUAGUUACAGCUCAGGACUUAAGGUGCCACUUCAGUAUGGUCUUCCAUUCAUUUUAAUGAGUAUCUUGAAAUUAGAUCUAACCUCUCACUUGUGAAGGGAGCAUUUUAGUUAAUAACAGUAGGAAAUAGCACAGUGGAUACAAUUGCUUAGAUGGUGUUGACCUCUGUUACUAAACAGUAUUUGUAGCCUCGUAUGAAGAAAGAAACGCAUGUUACCAAAUAUUUGUAACAUGCAAAAUCCGUUUUGUCUGCAUUGCUAGAGUACAGAAUAUAAUUACAUUUUCAUGUCGGCUAUGUUUUUUCAAAAGGGAGAGUAUUUGUUCAUGCUGUUCCCUUUAGAGAUAAGAGUGAGUUUGGAAAAAGUGGGCUGUCUUUAACAGGCUUUUGUUGGGCUAAAAAGAAGAAGCCCGGGCUCUGGAGCACAGGAGCAGAAGUAAAAUCCCACUCUGCAGUUUUGAGGCACCCCAGGGAAAGCUAAAGGAGAGGAGGAUAAUCCCAUAAAACAAGAGGUCAUCAAGAAGUUAAAUUUAGUUAUCUGUACAGUAGUUCACUCAUCAGUGUCUUUUUUCUUUAUUGUAAUUAACAAAGUAAAUAAUUUUAAGGAAAAAGAAAAAGUAUAUUUUAUAAACUACAGUAUCUUGAAUAAUAAGAGUAAUGUUUACUUGUUUGUGACUUGAUUUUGGCAGUAAAUUUGAAGCUUGUUUUUUUUUUUCACACUGAUGGGCUAAAAGCCGAGGAUGCUUCAGGAUGAAGAGCUGCCAGUUAUUCUUGACUUAACGGAGGAGGAAACAGGAGCUGUCAAGAAGCCUGGUUUUUGCUUUCAGUUUGGUGUAAGCCUCUCUCAAGUAACUUCAAGCAGCAGACUUACUUGUGGGUACUUGAAAACUGGGCUCUGAUUCAGUCCAAAACCAUUUUUUUUCUCAGCACAGAGUAACAGGAAAGCGGGCUGUUCAGCUGCUAUAGUCCCACAUAUCUAAUGUCUACAUUGCAGGUAAUGUCUACAUUACUUGUUUUUGCUCCUUAAUAAUCAUAUUAUAACAGUUAUAACCAGGCAAAGGUGGUAAUCAGACUUAAAAACAGAGGAAUCUGUUUCUGUUUGCAUCUGAUUAAUCAGUUGAUAAUUAUUCCUAGACAAGCAGUUUUAGGCUUAUUACUGGAGUGUUUUUUUGGUCAAUCAAGCAAGGUUUAUCAAUGCACAAACCGAACAGCAUAAAGCGGUGUUUUCGGCAAUGAAAUGCUUUAUCCGUGAGCUCGUUGAGAGGGAGAGAAGAGUAGAAGGACAGACGUUUAUAGGGAUUAGGUUAGGAUUAUGAUACAAGAAAUACAGUUACAGAUUGUGCGAACAUAACACAAGGUUAGGAGGUAGUUAGCACUGUUCGUAUGUGUCCUGAGAGUGCAAGUGACAGGAGGGCGCCGGUGCACCUAUCAGUUCAAGCAGAUUGCCUAUUCGCCAGCGCCCAUUUGGGUAAUUGCAGAUGUCUGCUAUGGUUGGUUGUUUGUAUUCAUAACAUUAAUAUAAAAGGUUAUAAUAUAAAAUAAUUUUUGCUGUAACUGUUCAGACUUAGGGUGUGUUUGGCAGAAUAUCUGAAACUCAGGGGACUGAGGGUAGUGUUGGUGCCUUUUGGAUAUUUGAACAUUUGAAGCACAAAUGUCAAGAUAAGUACAGCCCAACAAACUCAAGCUUUACUUCAUAUUUAAAAAUAUAUGUAAUUACUGCACUGUAAUGAAAUGUGUAGUAAAGUAAAGGUGCUUUACAUUACAUUUGCACAUAAUGGAGUAGAGCAGCUUAUUUUUGUAAUUUUUUUUUAAUUGCUCCACACAUUUCAGCAGCUCUACGGUACAUGUGUUCCAGAUAAACCCUUUCCAUGUGAAUGCCAUUACAUGGAACUGCAGUUUUAAAGAACCAGAUAACAGCUAAGCUUUCUCCUGAACCAAACACUUGCUCAGCAUCCUCGGCAGGGCCCAGUCUUGUCUUUUCUUGUACAGUGAUGUAAAACUGCCCCCGUCAGAUGUUUUGGGGUUUUCUUCGUGGGAGGGGUGCUGCAGUGAAUGUAGAGUGUGAAAAGUGUUCAUAUGUAUUCUACGUAGUAAUGAGUUGUAACUGCUGCUUUGUUUUGUGUUUAGUUGAGGAUAGAGUUGGUAUGGAUUUUUCUUGAAAGUCUUCUAUCAUAAAACUUGUAAGAAAACAUUUUCAUCGCCAGAUUAGCCAUUUAUAUUCAAGUGCGGCGGCACUACUUUUUUUUUCGAAUUCAAAGCCAGUUGACGUCAAAUAGCUUGCCAAACGGCAGCUUUGAAUGGAAACUUGAACUGAAACGUUGGAAUGUCUCGCCCCCUCUAAAGCUGGAUCUUUAGUCCUACAGAGGACUAGGAUUUGCCAUGAAUUUAACUGCAUCAUAAAUAUGGUUACAGUUCAGAUAUUAUAUUGCUGCUGGGACAUUUAUUCCAAAACGGUGCCAUAUCUUUCAUCAAUAUUGUAAAAGCAGUACAUCAGCAAUAAACCUGUGAUGUAACAACAACCUAAGAUCAGUACAAUUAAUUUAGAGCAUUUGGUUUAUUCUUCCACUUUCUUUAGUAAAGAGGUCUUGACUAUAUAAUAGUAUGUGCAAGUCUGUGCCAAAAAACACAAGUAAUACUUUUAAAAAGAGGAUGUAAAACCAUAAAUUAACUCCAUCAGAAUACUGGAUUUUUGUCUAUGCACGUUCUUUGGAUUCCUGAUGAUAAGUAAUGAAGAAUUCAGUUGUUGUUUUUUUUGUAGACAGAACUGACUUUUCAAACAUUAUGUUGUGCUUCAGAAUAAUGCAAAGGGACUGAAGAAAAAAAAAAUGAAGGCACAGCUUAGCGUAGGUUAUACAGUUGAUUUGUAUCUGGUAUUGCAGGAGAUUCAGUAUCAUUUUCCAGAUUUUAGAGUACUGCUCUAUUUGACAGAAGUUUUCUUUACAUAAAACCAAUGCAACUCUAAUAAAUAAAGUAGAUUUGGUAAAAUUGUUCACUUAAUUUUGUGCUGCAUAAAAAGUGAAGACAGUUAUUUAAUGCCUUCAUGUUCAAUUAAAUGUGACAUUUAAGAAAAUAGACAUUUUCAUAAAAACCUGUAUUCCUGGCAGGGUUAUGGCAACCCAGAGCCUAUGCCAGAAGCACAGAGCACAAAGCAGGACCCUGGACUGGACAGAAACGGCAGUCCAUCACAGGGUACACACACACAAGCACAAUUUAGAUGUACCAGUUAACCUUGCUAUCAGGAGGUCAGUGGGGCACCCAGAGAUAUCCCAAACUGGGGGGGACCCAAGAACUACAGGUAUGAGGCAGUCGUGCCAACUUCUACACUACCAGUCUGCCUUAAAGAAGCGCAAACUAAAAAAAUGGAACAGUGUACUGUAUAUCUUCAAAAGCCUUUGAAGUCUUAGCACACAGUGGUACACACAUAUAAUACCAGAACAGCACACCAAUGUGAAUAUAAGCACAUACGAAAUUAAAAGCUUCAGAGCAGCACUUAUACAAACAGCCUUUGCUUUUUGAAAUUCAGUGCCACCUUUUAGGCCCACUUUGAACUACAGUAUAUAGUUUGAAGUGUUCAUUUUAUGAACGGCUAAAAUAGCACAAUUUAAAAAUAUAUUCAGUACAUAUGACACUGCAAACAUUGUGCACACACAAUAUGUUUUAUGGCUAUAGUAAGUGUUAUGGAUGACGUUAUUGUUACUCGUGAUUAUAUACAGUGGCAUCAAUGCAUGUCAUAUAUAAAUAACGUAAACGGUACGUUUUUAAUUUUAAAAGGAUUGACAGUUAUGCUAAUUUAAAUAACUAGAUGACAUUUUUUAUGGCUGCUUUUUAGUAGACAACACCUCAUGUUUAUCAAUUUCCCCUGAGGCCUGGUGCUUAUUUUAUAGCCAUGGAUAUGGGCAUGUUCUAGGCAAAUUACUGAAAGUAGUAGUAAAGCCUGUACAUCAGUAUGAAUUCUGUGUUUGUGCAUGGGAUUAAGUGAAUGUGCUUCCUUUUCACAACAUUGAAUAAAAGUAACAAAUUUGCUGUUCUGUUUUUCAAAGACUAUAGUUGAGUGUAUAUAGGAUCUUUUUCACAUGGGUAGAUUGCACAAAUUUACCUUUGUAAUAUGUACUUUAGUUUUUAUGAUUUGCUUUUUAGAACACUACAGUACAUUUUUUUAGUUUUUCUUGAGCUGUCAUGUCUGCAGAGUGAGGCAUUUUCCUCCAUGAUGUUUAUGUAACAAUGCACAGUCUGUAUUGCUCCACAGCACUCACCCACCCCGUCUAAUAUCACUGCGGAAACUUCAGUAAGUGGGAAGAACCUACUGUAUGUUGUAUAUUGUAAACCUUACUUUACAAAGACCAUUGUUGCAAAUGUCUAGUUUGACCAGCAGAAAAGAAAUUGGUUUAUGCAAUGCGUUACUCAAAUUAAUAUAAAACUAUUUUUAAUAGCCACAUGGGUAUGCUGUUACUCUGUGAUUUCCUCAGUUGUGUUUUUUUUAUCACAUGGGAAUUAAACCGGUUAAAAAAUAAAGGCUUUUUUACAUGAAAGUGAUUCCUGUGAACUAGCUCAAAAAAUGUUUAUUACAGUACAUCUACAUAGUUAAAGUUGGUGGAGAUUUUUUUUUCAAAGGUUGUUACUGUACCUCAUUUUGUCUUUUUUCCCCAUCAUGUCCUUUGAUUAGUAUAAACUAAUAUCAGCUUGACUUUAGCUUAUGAUCUUAUAUUUUUUGCUGCUCAAGACAUUUUCCAGAAAAAUCUUCUAUAGACAAUGUAUAUAAGUCUUAUUUGAAAAUCUGAAUAACAAUAUUAAUAAUAAUACAAUGUUUGUAUGUGGAUAUCUUAAAAACAAGGUACUACUGUUGAAAUCCCUUUAUACAGAAGUAUAUAUUUUAAUUGGCUAAAUCGAUGAACAUUUAAGCACAGAAAUUAGGAAGGAAUUAGUGUUUUCCUUUUCAGUACUUUAAAGGUACAAAUGCACCAUCCAUUAUAUACAAAGGUGUAUGAGACAUGCCAGUCAGUCUAUCUAAAUGGAGAAAAUAUUUGUUCUGUACAUUUACAUGUUCUUAAAAAAAGAUCCAACCAAAAACAACUCCAAUAAGUUUAUCAAGUAUGUAAGAGUAACAGCACUGGCAUGAUAUCAACUGUGCUUUAAGCCAUGCAAUGAAAAUAAUACAUAACAGUAGUUCUUUAUAUUAAUAAAGCUGUUGUUUACUGUUUAUCUGUCACGAUAUUACAUUUCUUCCUAGUGGGCUGCAGCACCUGGGUCUCUCCUCCUGGUAAGAACUGUUGUCAGUACUGUCGUGUGUAUGUACAGUAGCAGUAGCAAGGAGGGACAGUACCAGGUGCAGUGUGAAGUCCAGGUGAUUGUUUGAGUAGAGCAGCAACUUCAGCCAAACUUACUGUUCUGUUAACAGCCCCAGAUCCACCAUGUGUUCCUCAUUCAGAGCCUUUCUUCAGUGUCAGAUAAGAAGCAGCAUGAUGCUAAGUUUAUGUAUUGUGUCACAAUAUCCAGUGUAAAUGUGUAUUUUUCAUUUUAAGACUGGGAGUCCAAUCUAGCUUUAAUGAAAAACCUCUAGAGUAUGUGUACAACAAUGCCGUAUUGUUACUUUUUUUUGUUAGAAAUGUGAAUAAAGAAUAAUGAUUAACCUGUAA